GUCAUUGUAUAUUAUUCGUGAAAAUAUAUAUAUAUUGCAAGAAUACGAUUCUAAAAAUGGCGGAGCUUAAAAAUAUAUUACGCAAGUGUAUAAUUAUAGGAGCGAAUUUGUCACCCUCGAUAAACAGUGAACGAUAUUUAUCCUCAUUGUCGGACGAAUCGCCGGAAAUUAAUUACGCGGUUUUCCGAUCUUUCGCGUGUGCCUGCUCGGACACUGUACUAGCAGCAUUGUACAAGUUAGGUUAUUUUAACGAUUUCGACGAACUGUUACAUAUCGCGGGUGAAAUAGUGGAAAUGCGCGAGGCGUUUAAUCAUGAGGAGGAGGAUGCAGGAGGGCUUAUAAGCUUCCUGUUAGCGCAACAUCGUGGAAAUCGUUUAACAGGACGGAACACUCAAGCGAGUACAAGCGUGCAAGAGACUCCCGCUAGGAUGCAGAAACGUAAGGCCGAAGAAGAGCUUGAAGCGGAGUCUUCGUUGCAGAGAGGCGGUGGUAGUAGAAAGAAAAAAAUACCGGCCGCAGAACAUGUGACGCAGACUCGAAAUAAUGAGGAAAGAAGCGAAGAAAACGAAUCAGAAAAUCGUGUCGCUAAUCCCUCAGCGGCGGAGAUUGAAGAGGAGGAAGAAGCAGAGAUACCGCAACGACAACAGCAACAACCGGUUGGCAAUAAUUUUAGUUACAUUAAUUUAUUAGCGGAAAAUACGAGACAAUUUAGGAGAUUCGGAAUAAUGGGGAGAGAAGCGAGUUUCGCAAUACGUCCGUUACAUGACGAUACAAAUAUUUACAGAGCAUUAGAAAAUGCAUUUCGUGAAAUUCACGCGUAUGUGCUAAAUACAUGUCAACCAGACGAUUAUGUGGGGCUGUCCUUUCAUUCGUCAAAUUUAACUCAUGGACCCGCGGGUAUAUCGUUUCGCCCUGCGCGUGACUUAACAUACGAGGAUAUUUGGAGAGUCGUAAGUUCGGUAGCGCAGAGUGCCGGAGGUCUCGAUAUCGCGGAACGUUUCGAUAUUCGCGUUUUCAAUGUCUCGGUUCCUUCGGGUCGUGGUCGCGUUAAAUUAACUCGCGAGGACGUUGCAAAGCGCUCGAUAGUAACAAUUAAUAAUGUGGACAAUUUGUGUUUUCCACGUUCACUCGUAGUAGCUCGAGUUUAUUGUGAACGUGGUAAUUUACGAACGGGCAAAUUGCAUGAAAAAUGGAAUAAUAUAAGACAUCUUCAUUCUCCGCUUCAGCGUGAGCUAGCAAUGCAAUUAACUAGGAAUGCCGGUGUUACAAUAACUAAUGAGGGUUGCGGAAUUGUAGAAAUCGAACGCUUUCAACGCUAUCUUGCAGUUGAUAACAUCGCGAUUGUAGUUUACAAUUUCGCCACUUUUGCUCGUGGUGCGAAACCUAUGUACGACGGUAUCGCGACACUCGCUUCACUCGAACGUGAACCCGCGCUACGUCUAAAUGUAAUGUAUUACGAGCGUUUACGACAUUAUAAUCCCAUUGUAAAUUUAAAUGCCGCCGCGGGUUGUCGAAAUUAUUGCGAACCAUGCAAUAUAGGUUAUCGGAACGAUAAAACGGGUCAUCGUUGUCCGAGUAAAUGUCCGCGAUGUUUCAUUCUGCCAUCGUGUAAACAGUCAGACGUGGAAAUUAUAAAAUGCAACGCAUGUAAACGUGCAUUUUUCGGUAAGGAGUGCUUCGAACGUCAUCGUAGCGUAAAAUCAUACGACGGUAAAUCAUCCGUUAGUAUUUGCAAUGCCGUACGAUUUUGCGAUGAAUGUGGACGUAUCGUUAAAUUUAGCAUGAAACACGAAUGUGGAGUUUCUUACUGCAAAUUAUGCCAGUCGCCAAAGCCGGAGAAUCACUUAUGCUACAUGCAGCCUCUUCGACACAUUGAUGAUUCCUCUAACGAACCGUCAACUUCGUCAUCGACAACGGCAACGUUACCGUACAAGAAGGAACGCGUAGCAUUCGUGUUUUAUGAUUUUGAAACACGGCAGGAUGAGACGCUCGAAGGUACAACUACCGUAAAGAAGCACAUCCCCACUCUUUGCGUAGCGCAGCAAAUUUGCGAGGCGUGCGCGAAAAAAUAAUUUAUCCGUGCGGUGUCGUUGGUGCGGGGUGCGAGAGUUCGUAUUUUGUCACGAUCCGGUAAAACAGUUUGUCGAUUUUGCAACGCGAACGACGAAAUAUUUUAAGCAAAUCAUCUGUAUAGCGCAUAAUGCAAAAGCGUUCGACGCACAAUUUAUUUUAAAGUAUAUUGUCGAAAAUCGUAAUAACCUAGAGCCUAAAUUAAUAUUAAGCGGCACAAAGAUCGUCGUAUUAACGGUAGGACAUACGAAAUUCAUCGACAGUGUAAAUUAUAUGCCGAUGCGUUUAUCCGAUUUACCGAAAGCUUUCGGA